GCUUUGCCCGGAUAAAAGAUGGCCGCUCGUUUCUCUUCUUUUGAGUACCUCACGUGAUAAUGCGGAAGUGCUGUACAGCUGACUGAAUGGCAGCUCGCUUAGAGGCAGGGAUGUUUGAGAGAGAACUGGAAGCGUUUGGUUUUGAGAAGACUGGUGACUUGAUUAAAAUAGUGCCGCCUGAUCUCUUUGCUGAGCUGUGCCAGCAAAGUGUUCAGCACCUCCAAAAGCAGAGAUCCGGUGUAGAUAGUCAGGCAAUUUUUCAGAGUUUUCAAGCAGCUGGUGUUCAAAUAAGUGAGGAUGAACUUAGAAAAAUCAUUAGAGGAGUAACCGCACUUUUCAGCACAGCAGCAAAGUAUAAUGUGACUUGUGAGGAGCUGCUGAGCAGGUUAAUCAGUAAACUGCCAAAGCAGAUUCUGCAGGUCAUUCGACAUGUAUGGAAUGAAGAGGGGAGGCGCUUGACUGAGCUCAAAAAGAGUAGAGAUCUGCUACCAUCUGGAGAGCUCGUAGACUUCCAGUGGAAAAUUGGAAUGGCCGUGAGUUCUGAUAGUUGUCGGUCUCUGAACCAUCCUUAUGUCACUGUAGAGUUAAAAGUGUCAGAUUAUUCUGGCCAGAUUACCAGCAAGAUUUUCGAAUUGACCAUUCCAGAGUUUCAGAACUUCUACAAGCAAUUCAAAGAUAUGUCUGCUGUUCUCGAAACAGUAUAAACCUGACAGCAAUGCAGCAAAAACGGGUGCCUGCCUGUUCCAAUCCAGUUUGCCAUUUCUCUGCCGGAAGUGCCUGGAUACUGAAGAGCUAAAUAUUCCCAUACUGGCAACUAUAGACAGUGAUGUGUGGAUCCUAACUUAAAAACCGCUGAAACAAAGAGUUGGAUAUUAAAAUUGAUCAACAAAACCUAGAUUCAGUAUAUAAAACAUUUGUGCUAAAAUGACAGUGUGAUUACCAGCUGAAGGCUCCACUGAAGAGUUUCCUUAUGAAGAAACAGCCUGUAAUAGCCUGUAUCUGAACAGAGAAAAGGGCUAUGAAUUGGAUUGUCUUUUUACAUCUGAGCUAUGGGGUACUUAUAUGUGGCCCCCAUAUGUGGCUAAGUGACAACUCUCAGCAUCCUAACAGUUGGGAGUUGCCUGGAGCUUGUUGUUGUUGUUGUUGUUAAUGAACAAAGUUUACCAGUGUCUGCUAUGAAAUGUCAUGGCAAAUAUAUAAACAAUAUGAUUCAAGUGUCUCAAUAAAGCCCUUAAUCACUUGUU